AGCUGACCCAGCAGUAGGCACCAGGCACCAUGUCACCAAAGACACUACCUCUGUUGCUGCUGCUGGUGGUGGUGGUGAUAGCCUGGCCUCUGGCAGUACAGUCCGCGCCCCCCACCUGCUACUCUCGGAUGCUGACCCUGAGCCGUGAGAUCAUGGCAGACUUCCAGAGCCUGCAGGCUUCAGAGCCUGAGGAUUCCUGUGUGAGGUACUUGCCCCGGCUUUACCUGGACAUCCAUAACUACUGUGUGCUGGCCAAGCUGAGAGACUUCGUGGCUUCUCCUCAGUGCUGGAAGAUGGCCGAAGUGGACACUCUGAAGGACAGAGUGCGGAAGCUGUAUACCAUCAUGAACUCCUUCUGCAGGCGGGACUUGGUAUUCCUCUCAGAUGACUGCAGUGCCUUAGAAGACCCAAUUCCCGAGGCCACGGGUCCUCCAGACUGGCAGAGCUAAGCAGGUGGACCAGAAGAACAACCCAGAGGUCUGAAGCUGGGCCAGUUGUCCAGAGUUACACCCCCCACACACACACCCAGGUCUACUUUUAGUGCCACUGUUAGACCUGCCACAUGUCUCUAGCUUCUGAAACACCAGUGAGGGUCCUACCUCUGAGCAUGCUUUGUGCACAGGUUGGAAGCUCAGCUCAGCUCCUAGGUGUCUCAUUGGAAUGUAAGAGGCACAAAGAGGAAAGUGCACACUGGCUUCGCUUUGGAGAGCAAGCACCUUAGGAACAGCAAAAUCUCAUGCCUUUGUGACUGUUUUAAUGAACUAAUGGGACCACUCUUCUUUCUGGUCUCUGCUUACACCUACAGGGGCUUCAACUUUAUGCUUCCUUCUUCCUGUGCAAGCUUUCCUGCCUCUCUCUCAUUUUAAAGUGUUUUUACUGCUUUUGCGAUACAUUUACAAGGCUUUUAUGUAGUGUAAACGAGCCACCCUUUCGCUGAAGGGUGAUGAAAACCAAAUAAACCUCUGUCGUGAGAA